AAACUGUUCCUUCUGUCAAUGGAUUGUCAGUUGUUCAUCGCAGAGUUCAUAUAUAGGGCAAUGUUGAAAACAUUGCAAUUUUUAUUUUAUUAAAUUCAUUUAUCGAGGUAUUCCGUUAACAUCAGUUAACAUACAAACUGUGAUAUGAUGGGUUCAAAGUCCACCAAUGGAAUUUCUUUUACAAAAACCAAAAGUUUCGAUGAUAAAUUGAAACACAGUCUCAGUGUGGUCAACAAAGCCUUCGAUGACUAUGAUUUUCGGGAAAUUUUCUUGUCAUUCAAUGGCGGAAAAGAUUGCACCGUCCUCCUUCAUAUGGUGUACGAUAUAUGGAUACAACGGAAAGAACAGGUCGAGUUGCAAUACGGUGCCCUACUUUGUAUUUAUUUGCAACCAGCGGAACCGUUCGAAGAAGUUGAAUCAUUUGUUAAGGAUUGCUCCGAGAAAUACUUUCCGAUUGCAGUAAAAUUGGGAAUUGGAACCAAACAGGAUGCCUUAUUUGCGAUCUGUGACGAUUAUCCAGAGUUGAAGGCUGUUUUCAUGGGUUCUCGUCGGACAGAUCCGUAUUGCCAGCAGUUAAAGGACUUUGAGAUGACGACCAAAGGAUGGCCGGAACUGAUGCGAAUAAAUCCACUACUAGACUGGACAUGCGAUGACAUUUGGACUUAUUUGAAAAGUUUCAACGUCCCAUACUGCAGUUUGUACGAUGUCGGUUACACAUCACUGGGCGAUAAAACAAAUACCGUUCCCAAUCCACACUUAAAGUAUUUUAACAACGACACAGGUAAAACCGAAUAUUAUCCGGCCUAUCAUCUCAGGGAUGCCGAUGCUUAUGAACGUGUCGGUCGAAUUACCAGUGCGCCGAAUGGCAGUUGAUUUUGUUGAUUUUGUUUUUAUUUUUAAAAAUUUGUCUUUCUUUCCCGAAUAAUUUUUUCUUUUCUUUUUUCGAAAUAUA